GAUCCGUUUGAGAAGGGCCAACAGCUGUUUGAUGGUAUUUCAGUGUGUGUGCGCACGCAGUCGCUCAUCGAUUAGAAAACGUGUCGUCUAUCGGAGACAGCCGUCACUUUGGACUCCGAUGAGUCCUCUGUCCAUCAGACAGGCUUUAGAGACAAGCUGGACUUGAUUGGCGUCUCUUUGCCAAAGAAAAUGCCUUUCUGAGUUUUGGAGCAGCAGGACUGUAGAGUUCAGAGUGAAAAGGGGGGUCUGUGCCCCCGGCCUCAUUAACCACGCAGUGACGGCCCUGGAUCGGGUCCAGUCCUCUCUCCUGAGAGGACUGGAUGUCUGGCUGUCCUGCUGCUUGCUUUAUUUCUGACACUUGAGCACGUUGUCCCGAUGAUACUGGGCCCGCUUCCUCUUCCCAGUGCAGAGCGUCCGCCGUUCAGGACCACUGAGAGCAGACUGCAGACCACUGGACCCCCACAGGGGACAGGAAGCAGACUUUGUUCACCAGUUUUGAUGAAACUGGGUCUUAGUUUAUUGAGUAAGCAGCGAAUAAAGUUAUGAAGUUGUGUUUUUGACAGUGAUUAACCUCUUCUUUUCAGAGUUCCUUCUGGUGUGUCCAGGACUCUGAGAUCUAUCUGAUCUGUCCUGAAAAUAUACUUGAACCUCUGAGUGAGAUCAGGUUUCCACCCCUGUUGUUUGUAAAAAGACUGACUUGGUUGACAUUAAGAUGAAGAGCCAUUUCAUCAGUCGGGCAUCAGGUUAAUAGAAACACGAGGCUGAACUGUUUCAGAGAAACAGAAAAGUGAAAUCACCUCAGUGGAUUCCUGCAGUGGUUGAAGCUCACACAGAAAUACCCCGAACACAAACUUUCCCCUCGGGUUUUCUCUCUUAGUCUACCUGCUGUGGCUUUAUGUUAAUGAGGGCUGUUCCUGCUGCGACCUGAUUGGCUGCUGUUGUUGAGGGGGGCGUCCCUCUGCCGACUGAAGUCAGGAGAACAGGACGAUUCAGAUCAGAUUUGAGUCAGAUCCUGCAGUGAAGCGGGUUUUUCUGACGUUGUCGAGCUGAAGGAGAGACAGGAAGUCAAACUGACGGACUAAAAAAACCCACCAAAAACACAGAAAGAAGAGUGAAGAGGAAGUUAAGAGAAGCUGGAGUUCUGAACAUGAAACGUCAGGAUGACUGAACCUCAGUUCAUGAACGUCUACGACAGCGAGCUGCAGAUGAAUCUGAUGCAGUACGACUACAUUCCUCCGGUGGACAUAAAGACUGAACCCUACAUACCUGAGACAGCUCACGGCCCGUACAUUCAGAUAAUCGAGGAGCCCAAACAGAGGGGCUUUCGCUUCCGUUACGAGUGUGAGGGUCCGUCCCAUGGCGGGCUCCCGGGGGCCUCCAGCGAGAAGAACAGGAGAACCUACCCGACAGUGAAGAUCAAUAACUACGUGGGUCAGGCCCGGGUGGAGGUCCAGCUGGUGACCCACUCCGAUCCUCCUCGGGUCCACGCUCACAGCCUCGUGGGACGUCACUGCACUGAGAACGGCACCUGCACGCUCGACGUGGGCCCCAACGACCUCACCGCCUCCUUCAGUAACCUGGGGAUCCUCCAUGUGACCAAGAAAGGUGUGGUGGAGGUCCUGAGCAGGAGGCUGAGAGAGGAGAGGAGGAGACAGGAAGGAGCUCACUACCACCUGACAGACUCAGAGGAAAACUCCAUCCUGAAGGAGGCCAAGGAGCUCGGGAAGUCGAUGGACCUGAACAUCGUCAGGUUAAAGUUCACCGCUUACCUGCAGGACAGCAACGGAGGCUUCACCAGAGCGCUGAAGCCCGUCGUCUCCAACCCCAUCUACGACAGCAAAUCGCCCAACGCCUCCAACCUGAAGAUCUCCCGGAUGGAUAAGACGUGUGGCUCCGUCCUCGGAGGGGACGAGAUCUUCCUGCUCUGUGACAAAGUCCAGAAAGAUGACAUUGAGAUCCGAUUUUAUGAGGAAGACGACGAGGGAGGCUGGGAGGCGUUCGGAGACUUCUCGCCAACUGACGUUCACAAACAGUACGCCAUCGUGUUCAAAACGCCGCCCUAUCACAGCGCAGAGAUCGAGCGGCCCGUCACCGUCUUCCUGCAGCUGAAGAGGAAGAAGGCCGGCGACAGCAGCGACCCCAAACAGUUCACCUACAUCCCACAGGUCCAAGACAAAGAGGAGGUGCUGAGGAAGAAGCAGAAGCCGCUACCUCACUAUGAGCCCUGGAGGGGGGGAGGAGGAGGAGGAGGAGGAGGACGAGGCGGAGGAGCAGGGGGAUUUGGAGGAGCUGGAGGAGGAGGAUUCCAGUUCAACCAGCAGAUGAAUGGAGCAGGAGGAGCAGGAGCAGGAGUUUACUUCACAGGAGCCUUCACAGGCUUCAGUGGAGGGGGAGGGGCUCAGAUGUCAGGCUCCACCCCUCAGACAGGCGCUGGACAGACGGGAGGACAGACGGGCUCACCACUACAGCAGCAGCUGCUUCAGAUCGCUGCCGCCCUGCACAGCAGAGCCUCUCAGAGCGCCAGACAGACGGCUGCUGCCCUGCUGCAGUACUGCAGCACUGGGGACGCCCGGGUCCUUCUGGCAAUCCAGAGACACCUUUGUGGUGUCCAGGACGGCAACGGAGACACUCCUUUGCACCUGGCCAUCAUCCAUCAACAGACAGGUGUGAUCCAGCAGCUGAUCCACACUCUGCUCAGCAGCCAGCAGCAAAGCAUCCUGAACACCACCAACCACCUGCAACAGACUCCCCUCCACCUGGCGGUCAUCACCCGACAGGUGAAGGUGGUGGAGGUGCUGCUGAGGGCGGGGGCAGACCCCAGCCUGGUGGACAAAGAUGGCCGAAGUCCCAUCCAUCUGGCAGCACUGGCUGGAGACAGCACCACACUCCGCCCCCUGCUGGCUCACCUGGGAGAGCGCCACGCCCACCUGGUCAACACCCGCGACUACCACGGUCUUCAUCCGCUCCACCUGGCGGUGAAGAAGGACGGCGAGCGCUGCCUCCGUCUGCUGGUUGAGGGCGGAGCUAAAAUAAACGCACCUGAGCAGAAGAGUGGAAAUACUGCCCUCCACCUGGCUGUCCGAGAAAACCUGUUCAAAGUGGCCUGCACGCUCAUCACAGAGCUGAAGGCGGAUGUGAACGCCGUCACCUUUGGAGGAAACACUCCCCUCCACCUGGCAGCCAGUCUGGGCUCUCCGACUCUCUGCUCCAUGCUGAUCGCUGCAGGUGCUGACAAGAACAUGGAGAACGAUGAGCCGCUCUUCCUCAGCUCUUCAGACGAAGAGCACGACGAAGAUGAACCAGUCGGCGAGGAGGUCAGAGAGCGAGAGGCCGCCUCACAGCCAAUCAACCCUCGCAAGAGACCUGCAGGAGGACACACCCCUCUGGACCUCGCCAAAUGCCAAAAGGUGAGGAACCUGUUGAACUCCAGACGGCCGAGACGUCCCGGCUGCAAGAAGAUGAAGCCGAGCAGCACCGAAGAGGUGGAGGCUUCGGGGCUGGACGAGGACACUCUGUCCCGGCUGGUGGACGUGUUGAGUGUCGGGGACGUUCCCUGGAGGAAACUGGCGGAGAAGCUGGGGAUGAUGACGCUGACUCACCUGUACUUGGACAGUCCGACGCCCUGCCAUCACCUGCUGCAGCACUACAAGCUGGGUGGAGGUCCAGUCCAAGGCCUGGUGGACGCUCUCCAGUCUCUUGGUCUGACAGAAGGAGUCCGACUGCUGAGAAACACCGAGCUACGAGACGACAAGCACAGCACAGACACCACGGUCGACAGCGGCUUCGGCAGCCAACCAAUGGAGGACGAGGAGCCUCCUGUGGCCAAUCAGUGACAAGCUGGAAGUAAACUCCCACAUGAGCAGCUUCAGCCGUCUGAUCCUGCAGGACUCCGCAGGACCCUGCAGGACUGGACUGGGAUUCAAACAUCAGAACUCCUCUCCAGCCGAGUCGGACUCUAAUGUUGCAGGAGAGACGAGAGCUGCGUACCAGACGGACAGCGAGACUGUAAAUUCACGGGCGAGUCCCAUAAAAGAGUUUUAGCCAUAAAAUCUGUGAUCUUUGAUCGGCUGUCAAAGACCUGACGGCAGUUUGUUCCUUUUUAUCUUAUUAAAUUUCUCUCUUCAGUUUUCAACUUUUUAGAGUUUUGAUUAAUUUAUAUUUUGCUUUUCUUUGUUCUUUGUAAAGCGGAGUGUGUGUCUUUCUGUGGCUUGUGUGACGACACCAGCGACACAAUUUUACGACCAUCAGUCCAAUAUUGUAUUACUGAUUUAAGACAGUGAAAGCGGAGCUGAGACGCGUUUGAGGAUUGACGUUGGCUGGAAAUCUGAGUUGUGCUGACAUCUGAUGAGAGCUGAUCUGCUUUUUCGUCAGGUGUGGAGCGCAGCACGUCUCACCUGUGGCAGCAGGCGUCGUCAGGGCAGGUUGACCGUCAGUCAGUCAGUCAGUCAGUGAGACGAGGCCACGAAGGAACAGAUUUUAAAUGUUAUGACACGAUAGAAAAUAACGUCAGUGAAAGUUUCACUACAAAGUCAACAUACUUCAGUCAAAAUGAUCAAAUUAAAACAAUAGAAUUCAACAUUCUGACAGAUUUAACUUCUUAUGACAUAAUAAGAAAAAUGUUACUGUUUAACAAAAAUGUUUAGUCAAAAUUAAGACUGAAGUUACUGCAUGAGUUUGGACUUUUAACAUCAAAACUAAAAGAUCAAAAGGUAGCGAAGUGGUGAGGUUUUCAUAAAGUUUGGAAUGUAUGAGUCUGGAAUAUAUGAGUUUACAUUUUUUAAACGUUGUCUCUUGAAAAACAAACUUUAGUUUUAGGGUACAUCAGAAGCGCUUAGCGGUUAGCAGUUAGCGGUUAGCAGUUAGCGGUUAGCAGUUAGCGCUUAGCGGUGCUACAUGAUUGUGUCAUGUUGUGGUUUAUCAGUGAGGAUUAAUUGUCCUUCUGUCUCCGUUAUGUUCAGAAAACGUGUGCGGUGCUUUCUGCAGUAACUUUACGCUCCAGUAGAGGCUGUUUGUACUAAUACUGUGUAUUCAUGUUUUCUCUCCCUCACAGCCUGGAAAUUAAAUAUUUAAUCAGCACUUAACCAGAUAGAAAUGCUGCACUGUUGAGGCCUCGGAAACUAUGAAUAAACAUGACUCUUUGA